AUGGCAGACCGAUUCCCAUCGAUCGAGGACAUCGACGCCGGCGAGAGCGAUGUGCGCCCUCAAAGCGGCGGCGGCGGCGGAGACUUCCUCGAGCGAGAACGAGCGGCACUAGGCGACGACGCAGAUCUGUUCGCAUCCAACGAUGCACCAAAACAAGCCGCAACAAACGUCGGACCCGGCGGCUCCAUCACCAACACCACCAACCAAAACACCUCCUCCUACACCAACUACACCCCCCAAACCCAACCCACCGACUCCGAGCCCGUCCGCGCCUGGCGCGAAAAACGCUCCGCCGACCUCCAACGCCGCGACGCAGCCUCCCAAUCCAAAAAAGACGAAACCAUCGCCACUGCCCAAAAGGACAUUGACAGCUUCUACGAGAGCUACAACCGCAAAACCGACAAGCAGAAAGCACAGGUCAAGAAGGAAGCCGAGGAGUUUUUGGCGAAGCGGGAGGAUACUACUGCAGGCGGGACGAGUUGGGAGCGGAUUGCGAAGCUGGUGGAUUUGAGCGGGAAGGGCCAGGUGGGUGGUGGGGAGGGGAGUAGCAAGAAGAGGAUGCGGGAGUUGUUGGUGAGUUUGAAGGGGGAUAAGGAUGCGCCUGCUGCGACGGUGGCUUAG